GAGCGAGGGGGCGGGGCUGUGAACUGCAGUUGCUAUUAAGAGUUUUGGCAAAUCAGCUCCCGAGUCCACUUCUCGUGGCCAAUAGGAAGUGGCCUAGGGCGCAGAGGCGGGAAGUGCGGCCACAAGAGCAGGCGUGGCAGCCAAUCAGCCGCCGGCCUCGGUUCCGCGCUCCAACUGGCGCGGAGAGCGGGCCUGGGUUGGGGGUGAGGCGGUGGCAGCUGUCAGGCUAAAGUCCGGCGAGCAAGAGCUGCGGGACGGCGGCCGCGGACGGGCCCUGGAGAUGAGCCGUGGCGCCUCGGGCUGGUGCUGUCUGGUGUUCUGGCUGCCCACGUGCGUCGCAGCCCACGGCUUACGCAUCCAUGACUAUUUAUACUUCCAAGUGCUGAGUCCUGGGGAUAUCCGCUAUAUCUUCACAGCCACACCUGCCAAGGACUUUGGUGGUAUAUUUCACACACGGUAUGACCAGAUUCACCUUGUCCCUGCUGAACCUCCAGAGGCCUGUGGUGAACUCAGCAACGGCUUCUUCAUCCAGGACCAAAUCGCUCUGCUAUGUACUGAUGAACCUCAAGUUCUCUAUGGUCCUUUCAUCCUCCCAAGGAGAGGAUGUGAGGGAGGGGCAGCUAGUGCCUGCCUUUCUUUUGGUCUCAUCACCACCUCUUCCAGGGGCUGCUCCUUCCUCUCCAAGACCAGGGUGGUACAGGAGCAUGGCGGGAGGGCUGUGAUCAUCUCUGACAAUGCAGUUGACAAUGACAGUUUCUACGUGGAGAUGAUCCAGGAUAGUACUAAACGCACAGCUGACAUUCCUGCUCUCUUCCUGCUCGGCCGAGACGGCUACAUGAUCCGACGUUCUCUGGAACAGCAUGGGCUGCCAUGGGCCAUCAUCUCUAUCCCAGUCAAUGUCACCAGUAUCCCCACCUUUGAGCUGCUGCAACCUCCAUGGACUUUCUGGUAGAAAAGCCGACCCUAGGUUCCAUUGACAAGUGAAUUGUGGAUUUUCCUAUUUGGAGUUUGGAGAUAGACUCUGAGAACAAAUGGAGCCAGAGAGGACAGUGAAGCCACACCACUGGCUUUUUCUUCCCUGGGGCCUGCAAGGACAUCUCAUGCUUCAGGAAGAGUCAAGAACCAGGCCCAGGGCUUCUGACUAGAAUUUGGAACAAAAGGCACUGAAGGCAAACAGCCGUGUCACACCCCACCUGUUUCAGCCUCCCGCAGCCAGGACCUCCUCAUAGUGGUUUAAAGAACUGGUAUUUGGGGACUCAGAACUCCCCUACUUUUAGCAAUAAAACCAAAUAAAGCUCA